UUAGAGAGUGAAGACAUACAAUUUAGAAAUUGUUGUUUGAAAAUUGUAUAAAAUAAUCAAAAAAUUAUAAGAUUAAAGAAAUUAAGAAACAAAGAGUUUAAUAUUAAAAAAAAAUAAAGCAAAAGAAACAAUAUUUAAGAAAAAUUAUAAAUAAACAAAUUCCCAAGAAAAAAAAAAUGUUAACAAAUAUGGAAAGUGCUAAUAGUGGUUUAUCCGGUAUCGGUAAAGUUCUCACCACCCCUUUCUCGAUUAAUGACAUUUUAACGCGUAAUAAUGCGGAACGCCGUUUAUCACGCACCGAAUCGGAAUUGGAAUUAUCGGCCGUUAAUAUGCGGGCGGAAGAACAAAGUUUAAAAAAUUAUAUGAAUUACAAAUGCAGUCGUUCAUCCAGUGAAAAUGUUGCGGAGGCUACAGCGGCAGAACAUGCCAUGAGAUCAGGGGAAUUUCGUCCCUCUUUUUAUGCUUUGGAUAAUAACAAUCAUGCGGAUUAUAUGGCUCAUAAAUUGGGUUACUUUAGUGCAGCUGCAGCGGCCUUGGCUGGCGGUCGUUCUGACUGUCCCAUUGAUAUGAGAAGAUGUACCAGUAAUGAUUCCGAUUGUGACUCUCCUCCUCCCUCGGGCAAUUCUUCCGGUUUAUAUACCUCACCCACCAAUGAUGGUUCUUUGUCUCCUUUACAAGAUGAUUUGCAAGGAGGAAGUUUAAAUCGUAAGAAACGUUCGAGAGCUGCUUUCAGUCAUGCUCAAGUUUUUGAAUUGGAAAGACGUUUUGCUCAACAACGUUAUCUUAGUGGACCUGAACGUUCGGAAUUGGCCAAAUCAUUGAGAUUAACAGAAACUCAAGUGAAAAUCUGGUUCCAAAACCGUCGCUACAAAACCAAGCGCAAGCAAAUCCAACAACAUGAAGCCGCUUUAAUGAAUGCUGCUGCCAGCAAACGUGUGCCCGUCCAGGUUUUAGUAAGAGAAGAUGGCACCACCACCUAUGCUCACAUGUUUCCUCAUACCGCUGCCAGUUAUGCUCAUGGUUUAGAUCCCGCUCUUAUCAAUCUCUAUCGUCAUCAAUUGCAAAUGGCUUAUGGUGUGGGUGUACCUCUACCGCAAGUACCUUUUCCCUACUUCCCCUAUGCUCAUGCGGCAGCAAAUGGCAAAAUUCCUCAACCCAUACCACCACCCUCACAUGUAAACUCAGCAUCGGCUAAAACCUCCCUAUCUUCACACUACAUUAACAACUCCUCGGCUUCAUCCUCACCUACCCACCUUAAUCGUUGCACACCCAGUUCCAGCCCCAAUAACCACUCCACCACCAACAACAACAACAACUCCAAUCCCGCCUCUUCUACAAAUCACCGUGAUUUACCCACCAGUGAUCACUCACACUCCGAAGUUGAAGAUUUUGAAGAAAAUGUGGAAAUUGAUUAGAAAGAAGAAAUUCCAUUUUUGUUUAGAGAAAAAUUGUGAUUUUGUUCAAUAAUCAUUUUUAAAGGUGGCUUGUGAUAUACUAAAUAGUUAAAGUUUUAAAAUUUUCUUUUAAAUUGUUUAAAAAAUAGUGUGAAUUUGUAGUCUUUAGUGUUAUUGUUUGAGAUCCUUGUUAUCUAAAGGAUUUAAUAUUUUACAGCUAA